ACCCACACCGAUACCAACACCACACUCCCCACACCCACACCCUCUGUCAUACAAUAUUUGCAUUCAAAUCAUAUUAUUUCUUGGUAAUUUCAAAAAAUUAAUUAGUUUUUAAAUAUUAUUUUAAAAAAAAUUAUUCACUAAUCUGAAAUGUGAACAUAUAAUUAUUUGUUCAACAAUGUUCGAUAUGUCUUAUUGAUUAUGAGCUUGGGCGAUUAUUGAAAACUCUUGAUGAAAUUUAUCAUUCAUUUUAUGCUACUUAUAGUUACAUGGCUUCGGAAGUAAUUGUUUUUAUGUUUAAAACUGAAAAAAAAAACGUUAUCGCAUGAACUUGCAUUGGUUCGACAUUUGGUAAAUCGUUCAUCAAACGGAGGUUCUAGUUAUGCAGUGGAUUUUGGAGCACUUGAAAUAGUGCUAUUGGAUAAAUCCAUGAGAAGCGUACCACAUUUACAUCGACUUUCUCAGAAUUAGCUGAAAUUUUCAGAGUUUGUAGAGUUCGAUGAGCUGAUCAUUUUGGUAAUAAAUUAUUAUGGGUUCGAUUACUGAUUAGGGUCGAAAUGAGCAAAAUACUCUUAUUCGAAAAUUCCGGAAAAAAUCAUAGUUAAAGUGAGAAGUUCUCAUUUUUGCGAGAACAUUUUCUAUUUUAUUUCAAGAACAAAAUGGAACAUUCUUUGCAUAUUCGGGUAGACCAUGUUCAGCUCUAUCGAACCAUAUAUGAUUCAAAAUAAUUCCAUUUUUUCAGAAAAAUUUUUAAUUGGGUCACAAAAAGUUCACUGCAAAACAAACUUCAUCUUCUAAUAAAAAACUCCUUCCGAAUUUGGAUGAAUUGCGAUCUAGUAGAUUUUGUAGAGCGUCGAACGCUCUAUCUUGUGGCAUAUAGAGCUCUGCAGCCGGUUUCGAUUUUCGUGCAUUAGAGAGCUAAAAUGUUUAUCUACUGCUGCUUUGUGAAGGUUUUAGUUCAUAUUUCUGGACUUUUCAAAAGAAAAACUCAAUAAACUAAUCUGAAACUUUACCCUCAAAGAAAUCUUACUUAUUAGAGAAGUAGUUAUAAAAAAUUUAUUGACAUUAUUGUCUCUUUCAUAUCAUUCUACGAGAGUAAAAUGUCACAAGUCACGUUUGAACUCUUUAUUGUUCAAACGAGAAGGGUCGUUAAUCGAUGAUAUUGACCGCCUGCUGAAAUCGAGUUUUAUAUUUUUCAAAUAGUCGAUUAAUAUUUGAAUUAGUAAAUUAGCCUUAGUCAUAGCUAUGUAUGGAGUGGAGAGGGGGGGGGGGGAGCAAAAAUAUAUAUAUUGUCUAUUACCUGGCCAGUUGAAAUAUGCUGUGUUUCCAUAAAGUGCAUUGACUUUGUUAAUAUCCUUCCAUUUGAGUUAAAUAUUAAAUAAAAAGCUUAUUCUUUUCGCUAUCGAAGAUAUAAAGCAGUGUGAUAAAAUAUUCUUCUUUCAUUGUUUUCUUAAGAUGACCUUGUACGCUACUAUGCAACAUUUUAUGAGUAUUCAUAAGAAAAUCCCAUAUUCAAAGUCCGAGCAAAUAUCAUCAUGAAGACCAAUAUGUACUACAUACUGGUUAGUUGUUUCGCAGCAGUAAUAAGUAAGUAAAGAAGUAUCUAAUUGAGAAAUAUAAUACACCUGACGAAUUCACUAGUAAUGAAACACUGUUCUUAACAUAAAGCUGAUAAGAUUGAUUUUCUUUUGCUGAGCGACUUUGAAUAAUGAUAAAUGAUAGCUCUAAGCUUAUUGAAUAAGCACAUCAUUUUUCUGCGAAAACUACAAUUAUAUAGGUCAUUACAUUUUCUUGUUUAUAUGAUAUUUGAAAAAUAAAAAUCUAUGCAACUAUUCUUCCACGAUAGUUUCAAAGAACGAAGAGAAUCACUCUCGAAAGAGUGAACUUGUAAGAAAGUUUCAAAUCUGUGUCGAUUUGAUAAAUCAUCCAAAAACAGAAUGAAAUGAUUGUAGCCAACAAAAGCAAUACAAUUUGAUUUAUAAACUUCAAAAACUAUCAGAGUUGAAAAUACAUAUAAACACAAUUGUUACAUAAAAGUCAUUUUGUUCGAAUCUCGACUGUAGACGGAUGGAAAAUCUUUCUAAUAACAUCUAUUUCAUUUAUUCAUUCUAAAAAAAGGACAGAAGAGCUCACAUAAUAAAUAUAUUUGUACUACUUGUGGACGCAUAUUUAAUACUCUACCAUGUUAAUUUUUCCUCCUCUUGAUGAAUAAUCUUAAUGCUUCAUUUGUACAUGUAUAGAAAUUAAUUGGUAAGCUCGAUGUAUUUCGAUUGACAGUUUUGAUCAUCAGACUGACUCAUUGAGAUAUAACUGAGACAGUGACUGAGUCGUUGAAAAAAGAUCGUAUUAUCUGUCAGACGACGAGCAUAAAAAUAUGUAUAUCUCAAAAUUUUUUAGCAUUUAUAAGUGAUCUGUUAGACUUGAACAGAAGUGUGAUAAUAAUCUUUAAAAAGACUAGUAUUCCACUAUAGUUCUCUACGAAUGAGAUAAUUAUCUAUUCCAGCUCAAACCAAAAGUGUUUAUUAAUUCUCUCGGUUUUUUUCAGAAAAAUUCAGUAUUGUACGGUUGUGCUUUUAUAAAUAGUUCAUUAUAGAACAAUGGUACAAACUAUAUAUUUUACUGUGUAUUUCAUGUAUAAUCGUUGCACAACAUUUUAAAAUCAUAUGAAUUCGUGUUAGAACCAGUUGGGUCGAAUCUAUGAAUAUUUUAUUCACUUUUUUUGGCCAAAUCUUUUUCAUCAACUCUUUUAUGCUGGUUAGCAGUAUGGUAAUCAAAUGAUUAUUUUGAUAAAAAAAAUACUGCAUAUUUCCAGCUAAACCAUUGGCAAGUUUGAUCAUUUUCUUUGGAACUUUGUUACAUGAUUUUUGUUUCUUACUUUAUCUAUAAGUAGUUGAAUAUUGGACUAGCAUAAUUUCUAAAGAAUUCUUUUUUCUAUGCGGAUUUCACAGCGCUAUGAACAUUUCAAAAAUAUAGGUUCUCUUUACUUUUCAUUUAUUAAAAGGAUUGUAUUUUGAAACAUUUUAAGGCCCUCUCAAAAAUUGAUUUUGACCUAGGAACGUUGAAUGAGUUGAAAUUUUGAGAAUAUGCUGGGAACAUUAAGUGGAGUCUAUGAUAAAAUUUUCAGCUCAAAAUUAUUUAAUUUAAGGGAGAUAUUCCCCAAACAAGGUCAAAAAAUAGCUAAUUUUGGCAACCCAAAUUUCUCUGUAAGGGCUCGUCCAAUAUAUAAAUGGUUUUUUUUGUUUGAAAGAGUGUGUCAAGAUGCAGGACUCUACGUCGCUCUUUUUUUGAAACACCUCCUUUUAAUUAGAAAAAAGAGGUUAAAAGUUAAAUGACUAAAAAAUUUAUCAAAAAAUUGUAAUCGAAAUAUAUUACUGACUUUAUAUUGACUAAAGAAAAGGAAUAUUUCAAAAAGAGGACGAUCUAGUGUUCUGUAUGUUGGUACGCUCUUUCAAACAAAAGAAAAAUAUUAAUACAUUGAACGAACCAUUACAGAGAAAUUUUCGAUGCGCGUACGGGAAAGCGAAAAAGGAGACAAAACGAAAAACAGUUUUGGGUAUUUUAAAAAACCGCUAGUUUUUCAAAAACUGGUUCUCUGAAAUUCUGAAAGUAUUUCUCUCUUCUGAAAUAUGUCCCGUCAUUGAAUUAUACAUCAUUGAAUGCAGAAUUAAAUUCCGCAUAAAAUGAUGUAUAAAUGAUGGACGGGACAUAUUUUUGAAGAGAGAAAAUAGCCGUUGAAAUAUCUCAACGGUAUAUUUUUUUUCUGUUGUGACAAUAUUCGGAAGGAAUGGUUCUCUCUUCCGAAAUAUCUCUUGUUUAUGAGUUAUGCAUCAUUCGAUGCAGAAUUAAAUUCUCUAGAGGUAGAUGUAUAACUCAUGUCCGGGCAAUGGAUAGUGUGGUGCACAAAUCGAUUUUUUGUGAAAAUUGUGCACUUUUGUUUCGUCGUGCUAGCUUCAUACGCAUUUCUGUUGCUAAGGCCGCCACUUCCAAAGAAUUGACCUCCGCUUGGAGUUUUUUUCUUUUGGGAUUUUAUGAUUGGUGAUUUAUACGACCAGUCAACUUUUGUGGCUCGUCGUGGUAAUUCGUUGUGUUAAUGUGCUAGCUUCACAUCGAUCAAUUAUCCUCAACUUUAUUCAUUAUCACUCGUAAAUUUUCACGAAAUAACACUUUAUGAAUAUUUAACAGGUAUAGAAUUUCAUUUUGUCCUUAUGAUUGAAAAACACCAAUAUACUUAAAAAAUUAUCUUUUUUUUUAUUUUCUAAAUUUAAGGUAAUUUAAUUCACCGUGAUCUUUUGGCCAAACAAAUAACUCAUCUAAAUAUUGAUAUUAAAAACCCACCUGAACUAUGUUUGAAAACUAUUUCAAAGAUAUUUGUAUUAAUCUUAUGUUUAUGUAAAAAAUUAAUUGUAUUAAAUUUUUCUGAUAUGUUUCUUAAACGGCAGUGUAAAACUCCUGUUUCCUAUCUGUUAUCGAACAAUUAUAUACCUUCAACUUUAAUCAAAUUGAAAAUUAAUGUCGUGAGUUUAGUUGACUGUCUCUAUCUACUUGAUGGAUCUCUCGUUUGUUUAUUAACAUUAAUUAUUAAUGUUGAACAUAUUUUUCAUUCAGCUCUAUCUAUUGUUCCAACAAAAAAACUUCCUCGAUUGAAAUGUUUGUCAUUCACUGUACGUAAUAUAGUAUUUGAAUAUGAUGAAUUACUUGUUUCAUUAUUUUGUCGAAUGAUAAAUCUUGAAGAAUUGAAAUUAUAUCUAUUAGUUGGAAGAUUUAACUCAAGUUAUAUUGAUGGUAUUCAAUUAUAUGAUCAAUUUCUUAUUUAUAUGACACAAUUAAAGAAAUUUACAUUUAAUAUCAAGUCAAUGGUCUACAACAGUGAUGUUAGCGUUGAACUUCCAUCGAAUGAAGAUAUUCAACAUAGUUUCAUCGGCAGAGGUUAUCAAAAAGUAACUUCAUAUUUAACAUAA